GAGAACACCUUCUGCGUUAACACUUCCGAUAAUCUUCAUCAUUACAGUUUGCUGAUCCGAUGAAUUCAAACCCCAUACGUAGAAGAUGGGAUCACGUGUGUAAUUCCGGUUUAUGAUUACUCGCCCUGUGAACCCUUCGAAAACGCCAACGGACCUAACAACGAGUUCAGAUCCGUUGGGAUCUGGGUUGCCUGCUGCUAUAGAUUUAUUAAGCGCCAGUGCGUACAUCAGCAUAGCAUCGGCUACUUCUCCAACUAAUGAAAUUGCCGGAUCAAUAUUUGUGCAGUCGUUGCAGUUGUAUGGUGGCUGUUUCAUUUUUGCUAUUACAUCCGCAACGAAUUUCGUUGUUGAGUUUAACGGUUCAGCGUCAAUUAUAAAAAACUUCCGUGCUGCUCGUAGGGCGAGAGCAUCUUUACCAUCAGCAGGUGCUUGUUUGUCUUUCCAUAUUUCAGCUAAAAUAGGGCAACUUAAAUUCGGGAGCUGA